GUCUCCGGCCAGAACCACCUGUCACCUCCUUCGAUACGUUUAAUAUCGCGCGCGUGCGGAAUCUUUUCGAGCCGAGUGUCAAUUGAAGUUACUCUUGGUCAACCGAUUUCUGCAUCCGAUUUCGUACUUCCCCCCGGACCAGAUAUGUCAAAAUACACGCUGCUACUGCUGCUGCUAAUCGCUGCGGUUGCGCAGGAAUUAACUGUAUCGGCUGCGCAAGAUUUGCCCGAAGGCUUUCCCAAGUGCAAACGGGAUGCGAACUUCGACAAGUGCCUGGUGGAUGCCGUCAAUGUGGCGAUACAGCAGCUCAAACCUGGCAACAAGGAAUUCGGCAUCCCGCCCCUCGAGCCGCUGACCGUGAAGAAACUCGUUAUAGACGCCGGCAAUGCGCCAAUAAAUCUGCGCCAGGCCUUGAAGAAUGUGAAGGUGCACGACAUGAUCUCCACCAGCAAGAUCCAGCGGUACAGAACGGAUCUCGAGAAGCACUUGAUUAUCUGUGAUAGCCGAACGGACCGGAUCGAGAUGAUUGGGGACUACGAAAUGUCUGGCCGCAUCCUGCUGUUGCCCAUUACUGGCCAUGGAAAAGCUAAUGUCACCCUGAUCAACACGAAGAUCGAGCAUCGCCUGAUCGGCGAACCCUUCGAGCGGGAUGGUGUGAAGUAUAUGCGGCUCAAGGACUAUCGCGUGGCUUUCGAUCCGAAGAGGGUGUACAUGAACUUCGAGAACCUUUUCAACGACAAAACCCUCUCUGACGGCAUGAACAGAUUUCUUAACGAAAACUGGGAGACGGUGUUCAAUGAGCUGAAGGUCGGUUAUGCCAAGAGUUUCGGUCUCAUCUUUCGGGAGUUGUCAAAUAAACUGUUCGAGAAAGUGCCCUUUGAUAAUAUAUUCUUAAGUUAAGUGCUUAUCGACUUACCUAUUAGGUAAUGCCUAAUUUAUGUUACUAAUUAGUUAAUAAAGGACUUAAAACAUU